AUGGCCGGGCUCUCGCGCGCGGAAGCCGGCCUGGUCCGGCGCCCGCUCGUUCCGUCGCAGCUGUGCUCGCCUCUGCCACCUCUGCCACCUCUUCUGAAGGCCUCGGCGAGCUCCAUGACGAGCUCGGACUCGGACUCAUUGGCCUCCAUGAGCUGGCUCACGCCGAGCACGAGUUGGCUCGGGCGUCUCAUGGCCCGGCUCCUCGUGGUGGCCUGCGCCGUGCUGGAGGUGGCAGUGGUGAUCCCAAGCAUCUUCGCUGAGCUGGAGCUGAUGUCGCUGUCCAUCGGCCCCUGGCCUCUGGUGCUGCGGCUGGCCGUGUCCCUGGUGAGGCUGGCUCCAGUGAUCGGGGCUCUGGCGCGCUGCCUCCACCUGGCCCGACUCUGGAACUGCGUCCCGGAGUGCCUGCGGUGGAGGAUGCAGGGUUACACUGGCAUGUUGCAGGCAGCGGAAGUGCGAUGGGGCGUGGCCAUCACGCUGGACAUGUGGUAUUUGCUUAGCACGCCCUUGAACGUGGGCUUGCAGGAGGCUUGGUUCGGCAUCCUCUUGGUGGCCAAUAUCUUCCUCUGCUUCGUGGACACGGUGACGCUCUUGGCCGCCCUCUCCACCAAGCCGCAACCUCCCGUGCAAACGGCGGAGGGGCGCUCCCUCCACCGGGCGCGGCACGUGAAGCUCACUCCUGAGGAGGGGAUGCCGCAGACCUGUGCGAUUUGCCUCUGCGACUUCGAAGAGGACGAGGCCGCGGUGCAGCUGCCAUGUUCGCACGUCUUCCACGGCGAGUGCAUCACCGCCUGGCUCCAGCGCAGCCGGCACUGCCCCAUGCGCUGCCCGGAGCUGGUCCUCCCACCGAGGCGGUCGCGCACUCGCGGGGCUGCGGAGGUGCUCCAGCAGGAGCGCCUAAAGCCUUUGAAUUGA